CACUUUCUCAUUGUUUUUUGGGUCUCCAUUUAUUUAAUCAGUUGUAAUUCUUUACAAUCCAGCUUCCAAUUUGGGCCUUUUGACCUAUUCUGCUUAUGUCACCUUAAGCUUAGUUGUUUAUUUAUUUGUUUGGGCCCUUGUAUUAUAUAAAAAGGGAACGUGCGCUACCACUUCAUCUCCAUUAGAUUCAGUAGUGGAAUUGAUCUCUUUAGGAUUUCUAUUUCAUAUACCAAAGUCUUCUCUACUAAGUAUCAAAAAUGGCAGCACGUGGGGUUCUCUUGGCUUCACUUCUUCUCUUUUCUUGCUUUGCUGAAAUCUCUCAUGGAAAAGUUCACUUUUCUUCUCUUCAAAGAACUCUCGUAGUCACUGCUUCACCCAAACCAGGACAAGUUCUGAAAGCUGGUGAAGAUAAAAUCACAGUAAAUUGGGGUCUAAACAAAACUUUCCCAGCUGGGGUUGACUCUGCUUACAAGACCAUAAAGGUAAAGCUAUGCUACGCGCCCAUCAGCCAAGCAGACCGAGCGUGGAGGAAGACGGAGGAUUUGAUCUCGAAGGACAAGACCUGCCAGUUCAAGAUCGUGGCUCGACCAUACUCAGCCUCUAACCAGAGCUUCGAGUGGACCGUGGAGCGUGACAUCCCACUCGCCACGUACUUCAUACGCGCCUACGCCUACACCUCCGAGGAGGUCGAGGUGGCUUACGGUCAAACCACGGACGCUCACAAAACCACCAACCUUUUUGAUGUCCAAGCAGUCACUGGACGCCACGCGUCCCUUGACAUUGCCUCGGUUUGCUUUAGUGCUUUCUCCGUUGUGUCCCUUGCUGUGUUCUUCAUCGCUGAGAAGAGAAAGGCAAAAUCGUCCCAACAGAAGUAAUAUAAAAAAAAUUAAAAAAAAAAAAAGGUGGCAAAUCUUAUGGUUCUUUAUCAUCAACAUCAGUUUGCACCAAUGGUUUAGAUUUUGUUUUUGCUCUAAUAUAUAUAUAUAUAUAUAUAUUUAUAUAUUUUGUAUUACAAUCUUGAUCAAAAUGGUAGGAUAUGAAGCUAAGUUGAAGGGGGUUUCAAAUGGGCUUUUUCUUUAUUUUAAUAACUUUUGUGUGUUAAUGGGAAAUUUUCUUAAAAAAAAAAUUAUGAAAAGAAAGAAAAAAAAAAAAAAGGGAGUGAAGUGAAUGUUGAGAAGGUUGAAUCUGGGUAUGUAAUUAACCUUACAGCUCAUACUCUAAAAUGGGGAAGUUGAAACUGGUCUAUUAAUAAGAAAGUGAUAUAUAGAAGAUUUUUCACUUUUUAA